GCUGGGGGCCGAGCCGGCCGGAGCCGCCGGGCAAGAGAGACAUGGCUGAAAGCCUUUCCUGGGAGCUCGGUGUCUGCACGGGUUAAGGCGUGCGAGGCGAGGUGGAAAAGUUGCUGUUGAAUUUCACUUUAAGGGACUGGACAGAAAGCAGCGAAAUGGAUGACUUCCACUCUAUCUGCCUGCUGUCUCUGGCCAUGCUGGUCGCCUGCUAUGUGGCAGGAAUUAUCCCUUUGGCAGUUAAUUUUUCCGAGGAGAGGCUAAAGCUGGUGACUGUUCUGGGUGCUGGGCUGCUGUGUGGAACUGCCUUGGCUGUCAUUGUGCCAGAAGGAGUACAUGCACUUUAUGAAGACAUUUUGGAGGGGAAGCAUCACCAAGCGAGCGAGAUGCAGCAUGUGAUUGAGUCUGAGAAAGUAGCGGAAAUCCCAGUUGUACAUGAAUAUGGCCAUGACCAUUCCAGGUUGCAUGCCUACAUCGGUGUAUCCCUUGUCCUCGGCUUUGUCUUCAUGCUGUUGGUGGAUCAGAUAGGCAGCUCUCAUGUGCACUCUACAGAUGAUCCAGAAGCUGCAAGAUCGGGCAACUCCAAAAUCACCACAACACUGGGACUAGUAGUCCAUGCUGCAGCUGAUGGUGUUGCAUUGGGUGCAGCAGCUUCUACUUCUCAGACUAGUGUCCAGUUGAUAGUGUUUGUUGCGAUUAUGUUGCACAAGGCACCAGCUGCCUUUGGCCUGGUUUCCUUCCUGAUGCACGCUGGGCUGGAACGGAAUCGAAUUAGAAAACACUUGCUGGUCUUUGCGUUAGCAGCACCUGUUAUGUCAAUGGUGACAUACUUAGGGCUAAGCAAGAGCAGCAAAGAAGCCCUUUCAGAAGUCAAUGCCACCGGAGUUGCUAUGUUGUUUUCUGCUGGGACUUUUCUUUAUGUUGCUACAGUUCACGUUCUCCCGGAAGUAGGAGGAAUUGCUCAUAGCCAUAAACCUGAAUCAACUGGAGGAAAAGGACUCAGUCGUCUGGAGGUGGCAGCCCUCGUAUUAGGAUGCCUUAUUCCUCUAGUUUUGUCCAUUGGACACCAUCACUAAAUGCUCGAAUUUCACUGGUCUCCUCCUCGAUCUGACAUGAGCAGUAAAUGUUGGCUGCUCCCUUUAUCAUUGUCUCUUACCAUCAUCCAUCCCAUCCACUUUAUGGAGUUCAGAGGGAACCUUGAUUGCAAAAUGAGGAAUACUGGCAAAGUUUUUAGUGUAGCAAAAUGUACUUUGGCAGCCGGACAUAAAUUCUAUGUAACUUUCUUUUCUGAAGACAUUUGCUAUUUUAAUUGUUACUUCUGGCCCUAUUCUCAGGGAAGAUGGAAUUUGGAGUUUAAGAAAGGUGAGCAGGGAAGAACAUAGUGACUCAUCACAAAAUUGCAAUCACCAAAGUAUCCUGCAAUUCAGUUUUCACAGCUGAGAAUAAAAACAAAGGAUGGCUGCCUUCUGAGAGGUUGAAGUCUUACUAAUGAAGAAGGGGGCUCUCCCCCAUUGGUUCUCUGUUGUCCUGACAACGCGACUGGUCCUUGUGAUGUUUGUCACUAAUUGUAUUGCAGAAAUGGGCUGCAUUUGGAACUCUGGAUAACACUGCUAUUGUCACAGAAGUGUCACUGAUAGGAAAGAAAUUAUGCAGACAGCAUAGGAUUAGAGUACAAAAUGAGCUGGUUAAGAAAGUGCAAAUGAAUUUUGCAGUGUAUUCCAUUAUUUACGACAAGGGAUGGAAGCAAGGAGAAUAGUGUUUUGAUUAUUCAUGCAAUUGUGAAUAAAUUUUUAAAAGGCAGUAUUUCUUGGGAGAUGGUCUUCUGCGAAGUCAGUAAAGUAUAGGCACCAAAACUGUUACCAGGAAUUAGGUAUUGGGUACUGUGAUUACACUACUGCUACUGUCGAGAGAGAUACCCAUAGUGUCCUUCGAAAUUGAGCUGUUCUGGGCUCUGAGGAGUAGAAAUCUAAUGGAGACAGCUGUUGAGGGACUAGAAAACUUCACUAGCUCAUUUUCAGAAGUCUGAACUGCUGAAAUCUAGGGGUGUAUGGCUUUUUAAAAACUAAAUAAAAGGUAUUAAGGCUAACAAGACGUUUAGUUACAUAUUUAUACUGCAGAUAGAAUUCGAAGUGUUUCUAAAGCAGUUCUGAACAAAAUAACCCAACAAACAAAAACCCAAACUGGUGGGUUCCCAGUGGACCUGUUGGACAUUUUUGCUUUUCCCUUGGGAAUUGUGCAUUCACCUCUUACUGAUAAACAUUAGUUUUGGUGAAUCUGCUAGAGGAUUUAUUGCUAACUGCUGAUGCCUCUCACUGCAGAAGAGUGAUAAAAGAUCUCUCCCUUUCCAAGGCACAGCCUUCUCUUGUCAGGAACCAUUUCUCUUAUGCAAAAUAUAUUAUACUCUAAUAACUGUAGUGCAUUUGAAAAGUAAUAAAUGUUUGACAUGCACAGACUCAAGAUAAAAUUACUUCUUUAGGGGAAAACUUUUUAAUACCGUACCCUUUUUAAGCUAUACUCCAUCUGCACUUUUUAAAGAUAACAUUGCCAAAUAAAUUUUUCUUUUGAUUUUUUUUUUUUGUUCAAAAUGUAUUUUCAAGGCUUGAAAUAUCUUCUUAACUGAAGUGCUUCUUGUUUCCAUUUGAAUGAGUGUCUCUGUUUUUCAUGUGAUUUAUUACUUAUACUACCCAGGCCAUUGUGCUGCAAUUCUUUACAUUUUUGUCUUUGUCCUGUUUGUCUACUAGCUCAGCAAUGGGUAUGGUCUGGUUCUUGGACUAGUGAUUGCUUUGUCUGUUGGCUUGGCAACAGUACAGGGGUAUCACAGGAUUGAACCUAGUAGUGAUCCCCAGGAUUGCAUGUUUAUUUUUGUGUUUUACUAUAUAAAAUCAAUGCAAACUUGUUAGAAAUCAUAUAUUUCUGCAAGACAGUAUUUCCAGAUAGAAUUAAUGUAUCAUGCCUGAACAAGCAUUUCUGACACUGGACCUUCAAAAGUGAAUUCUGUUCUGAAAAGCCACUGCAAAAUUAGUGAUGUGGAUGAAAUCUUCUCCUGUACAUUUUUAAACUUUUUUUUAAAACAUGCAUAUGCAAACUAAUAAGUUACCUGUUUAAAAUGUUUGAUGGUACAGGUUACUGACACAUGCAAAUGAUACACAGGGAUGUUUACACCAGAGCUCCCAGUGUUCUUCCUGAUUUCUACCUAAUUAUCUUCUUUGAUAAUGUCACUAUUUUACCUUGCUUAAUCUUUCCACAUAACUCUUUCCAAAAGCUGGAGAGUUUGCAAGAUUUGCAGUGGAAGCAGGAGAUAGCUUCAUGCAGCACCAGAUGCUUACAUUUUGUAAAACAAUAAGGUUUUUUUCUUUAAACUGUCAUCUGGCACUUGCACGGCACCUCACCAGUUAAACUGACAUCCUGACUGUGUUCCACUUCAGCCUCAUUUUGUGUGUAACAAUAGCAAGGGUUUAGGGAGAUACUGAGGUAAGGUCCCAUUUCCAGCUUUUGUUCCAGUGUUGGAGCGUGUGGGCAGUACCUUCUUAUAUGGAUUGAUGUGUACUGAUGGCAAUGUGGCAGCCAGCCUUUGCACUGCUGACAUAACUUCUGGCAUAUUAGUCAUAGGAGGUGCCACUGCUCAGAGGUCUUGUUGUCUUUUUUUUUCCAUCAUACCAGGCUUCCAGUUUCUGGGGCAGCCACCAGAAAUGUUAAUACUUGGUUUAAUGAUUCAUGAACUGUAGAAGCCAAGUUAUAGCAGCAGGUGAGGGAUUUUAAAUGGAAACAUUGGCAACUUAAAAUUGGCACAAAAUUUCUCAUAACACGUACUUUUCACUUUGGCACUUGGUUAAGUGAUAGAAGACUUCUGUGUUUUUUUGGUAUUUUUUUCCUACCCAUUUUGAAGCAGCAACAGCAUUUUCUUUUGUCUGUCUCUGUUAUCUGUGGUGAACUAUUAUUUUUAAUUCUGUAGCUGAAUCUACAGUAACUAAGGAAGCUUUUGGUUAUGUGAUAAGGAGAAUGUAAAAUUUCAAGUGAUCAAACCUUUCCAAAUUGUUAGUUCUAUGGGGAGGAUUAUUUUCUUGAAGCAGAGUAUUUUAAUGAGUUAAAUAAAAUGGACCAUUUUAUCAUAGCCCUUUUUUUUUUUUACCUAUCUCCCCAUCUGUCACAGUAAAUCCAAGCACUGCAUGUAGUCAGGGCCAUCUGGCAUCAUUUUCUACUCCUCAGGGGACCGUGGUGCAAACAAAUUCCUCUUAUUCUCCCUGUAAUAGCCAUCUCUGCCUGUGUUUUCUACUGUGAGGUAGGUGGCAUCAGGUCUAGCAGGUAACUCCAGUCAUGUCUCCCCUUUCCUUCUGUAAAUCCCUCUAGGAAAUCUGUAAUCUUCUUAUCAGAUGUUUUUUUCGAGUUAAUGAUUUCUUAAUUGGUGAUAGGAAUUGGACUAAAGCUAUUUCCAUUGAUCCCAGUGUGUUCAGGUGCUUUACCUACUGUUCCAAUUCUUUUGUUGUUCCUUAUGUAAAGAGGGGAAAUAUUUCUUUUACAGCAGCUGAUGACAGAUGCAGAAGCUGCAUUGACAUUUAACUUAAGUGAGGAUGGCAGAGCUGUCACACCAAGAUGGGAAUUUUUGAUAGUUGUGGCAUGUCAGAUGGCCAGGUGUUAAACACAGAAACCUGCUGUUGACUUUCAAAGAACCAUUUCCAGGUGAAUUGUUUAAAAGGCUAAUGUUACCCAGGAGACCCAGGAAAAUUACUAUGUUUGUUCAGGAACUCUUUUUAGUUCAGAGCCUUUCAGGAGCUUUUGACAGUAGCAGAUGUGUCCACGUGGUAUCAGCUCUAUGCAGAAUAAGAGAGAGAUGCUAUGGAAUAAAUGUUGCUGCUGCUCCCUUCCCGUUCUGUGCUGGGACUUGGGAAGAAGAGGAGGGAAGUGUAUUUGUAUUAUUCUGGGGGUGGAAGAAGGAGGAGUAGUUGCGUUACGGUGAAAAAGUUUAUGAUGAAUUUCAGACUCUUUAUGAUUAAUUUCAGAGUCCUGUUCACCUCAAACUUAUUUUAUUUUUUUUUUCCCUUACUGUCCUUUUAUUACAUCUAUUAGCAGCCUUGGCUUUCCGGGGAAAAACAUUGCGUGGUCAUUGCUGUUUACCUGACUCCAUGUACGGGACUGUAAUUUUAAUGUCUCUUUUUCCAGACCAUUUGUACACAAAAUCAUUCCAUGAAUGGCUGCCUUAUAAUUUUUCCACUUUAAUUGUGAAUGGUUAAAAUAAUGUUGCUGUUUUCAAUUUGUUUUAUUAUAUUAAAUUUUUACUAGGUGCAGUGCUUCAGAGUUGGCUUGUCAUUUACUGCAUGGGGUUUUGUGACAGCUCCGACAAAGAGAAAUGACAGUCUUAAAAAUGGGAUGCAAGCUGUGCAGACAGUACAUUUUAUUUUUGUAUAAGUGUGUUUGCUGCUUUUCUUCAUAAUGUCUGAGCACCUCAUGCAAACGUGAAGUGUGAAACUGCUUGUUGGGAGGCAGUCUAGCAGGUUGGUUUGGACAAGCGUAUGAUUGGGUUUAGAGGUAUAAAUACAGAAAUGAUUUGACAUCUCUGCUUGAGAGGCAUUUGACAACUGUCUCCCACUGUGUUUAGGAGUUGGCAUUGCCCUGAAGCUAUCUCUUCCCCCACCCCCAGGGGAAUCUCUGAAGCUUACAAGGCAGAGACCUUUGGGGGCCAUAAGGAGGUGAUUGGCUCAAGAUGGCUCCAGGCCACACUUAAAAGGCUGAAGGGCAUGUUGGGGCUAAAGAAAACGGCACAGGAUUGAAUGAAAGCAAUCUUGUCAGCCCCAAACCCAAAAUGCAAACACCGAGUCCCUCCGUUCUUUUUGGAGACUUUGUGAUAAAGUAGCCUUUCCCAUAUAUAUGUGCUUCUGUGUGAUUUAGAAUAAAAGUCAAUCUUAAACAUGCAUGCAAAGAUGUGAAGAAAACUCUAUCCUGCUUUUGUUUCUGUGUUAAGGGGAAAACUGGUGGUGAAAUCUCUCUUCUAUGUGUUCUGUGGGUUGGUGGGUUGUUUUUUUUCCUCCCAUCUUCUUCCUGUUUUCAGGCACUGAGUCACAGCUCAGCUUUCCUUGUGACUGCCCCAUGAUGCUACUGCUUACCUGUUCAUAGCUCUUCAGUUUAGCUCUCAGGGUUCACUAUCAACAGGUUUCCUGGAAGGCAGUUUACCUUCUUCCUGCAGGGUACAAUCAAAUGAAAGCCUACAUUUAAGCCAUAACUACACAAGGUUUUAAUGCUAGUCAUGGCAGUCCUUGUAACUGAGAAUGGAUUGUGUUCUUGCUGUGAAAAAAAAUUACCUUUACAGGCUUCUGAACUUCUCUGGAAGGGUUUUAUUUGCCUCUGACAUAAUUUUGAGUUGCAAACAAUAGUUGGAAAUUAAAUUUUAGCAGUGGUCUCUGAGACGCCCAGGCAGGGGAUAUGAGGAGAGCUUUGAAAAUUAAUUUUGUCUUAUCUGAACAAAACUUUCCAGGACAGUCUUUUUAAAAAAACUUUUCUUCCUAUAGGAAACUAUGCCAUAUUUUUAGGGUUUAAAGGUUUUAUUCAAGACUGUAAAAAAAAUCCAAUCAGUUGCUCAUUGUAUACUGUGAUUGUAGAAGGGGCAAACUUUCCAUAUAAAAUAUCAAUAUUUUUUUUUAAAGAUGCAACUUUAAAAA